AUGUCGAAGAAUGAACCCCUUGCAGCGAGCGACAGCGAGGAAUUCUUAGAUGCUCCCCCUCCUUACGAAGUGCACUCCUCCGGAGAAGUCUUGGCAAGCUCUGCAGCCGUCAAUGGCGACGGCUCCAUUGACAUAUCUUUUUCGUCGCAUUCACCUACGCAAUUACAAGAGCGGUUGCUUCAACAUUCGACCCAGCAACAGCCAGUAGCGGCUUCAGAAUACGUCCGUCAAGAGCACCCUAGCCUCAACAUCGUUAUCCAGGUUGUUGGUAGUCGUGGUGAUGUACAACCAUUCAUCGCGUAUGGCGUAGCUCUUCAGCGCAAAGGCCACCGAGUUCGUCUCGCUACUCAUGACAAUUUUGCGGAGUUCGUGAGAAGUUCCGGGUUAGAGUUCUACCCCAUAGGAGGAGACCCUGAAGAUCUGAUGGCGUACAUGGUGAAGAAUCCCGGAUUGAUCCCUUCCAUCGAGUCUCUCCGAGGUGGCGAUAUUGGCAGAAAACGACGAAUGGUCAAGGAAAUGCUGCAUGGAUGCUGGCUCUCAUGCAUUGAUGCUGAUCCAGUUUCAGGUGAUCCGUUUGUGGCGGAUGCAAUCGUAGCAAAUCCGCCCAGUUUUGCCCACGUACACUGCGCGCAGGCAUUGGGAAUCCCUCUUCACAUCAUGUUUACCAUGCCUUGGAGUGCUACUAGAGAGUUCCCUCACCCUUUGGCUAACAUCAUGGGAAGUAGUAUUGAACCUGCACAAGCGAAUUGGCUUAGCUAUGGAGUCGUCGACCUGAUGACCUGGCAAGGCUUAGGCGACGUGAUAAACUCCUGGAGGAAGAAAGAACUCAAGCUGGAAGUGUUGCCCGCCUCUAUGGGUGCCACUAUUGUUGACCAUCUUCGCAUACCGCACACUUACUGUUGGUCACCGGCAUUGGUUGCUAAACCAGCCGACUGGCGACCUGAAAUUGACGUUAGUGGCUUCUUCAUGCGAGAUGAGCCUCAAUAUGCACCACCAGCCGACUUGGAUGCAUUUCUCGCUGCUGGUCCACCGCCACUGUACAUCGGUUUCGGCAGCAUUGUUCUAGAUGAUCCAGAGCGGCUCACUAAAAUCAUCUUGGAAGCCACUCGGAGAUGUGGUGUUCGAGUCAUCAUUUCCAGGGGUUGGAGCAAGCUGGGCGGCGACUCUCCAAACACUGCUGAAGUGUUCUUCUUGGGAGACUGCCCGCACGAAUGGCUGUUUAAGAGGGUCUCGGCCGUAGUGCAUCAUGGAGGUGCUGGUACGACCGCUUGCGGACUCAUCAAUGCUCGCCCAACCAUCAUCGUACCUUUCUUUGGCGACCAGCCAUUCUGGGCUAACGUGGUAGCAACCGCCGGGGCUGGGCCAAGACCUAUUCCACAGAAGCAACUGACCGUUGAAAGCCUCGUUGAAGGUAUCAACUACACCAUGUCGUCCACGGCUAUAGAAUCAGCCAAGGCGCUUGCACAUAAAAUGAGACAGGAAAACGGUGCUGAGACUGCCGUGAAAUCAUUCUACCGGUGGCUUCCGAUCGACCAGAUGAAAUGUGAAAUCCUGUCCAACCAGCCAGGACGCUGGUCAUUCAAUGCUGGUGGCGUAAAUGUCCGGCUGUCAGACGCCGCAGUUGCCGCGCUCGUUGCGGAAAAGAGGAUCAAGCUUGGAAAACUGAACCCGAUUCGCACGAGAGAAUACGACACAGAUGUACGCCGAUGGGAUCCUGUGACUGGUGGCGCAGCCUCCGUCUUGGGUACCAUGACCGACUUCACGACCGCCCUCGGCGGGACGUUUAUCGAUCCGUUCAAAGCAUACAAGGAGGCCAGAAGAAACGGGGGAGGCGUUUCUGCUGGAAGCGGCGCUGCCGCUCAAGGGGCUGCCAUGGGCUUCGGAUCCAUGACUGGGGUGGUUACGAAGGGCGCUUUGGUUAAUAUGCCGUUGGCUUUGGCCGAGGGUCUCAGGAGCGUGCCCAGACUUUAUGGUGAAGAAGUUGAGAACCACGGCAAAGUUAAAGACUGGCAGAGUGGGGGCGUUGUUGCUGCAAAGAAUUUUGGCCACGGCUUUUAUGACGGCAUCACUGGAUUUGUUACCCAGCCUUACAAAGGUGCGAAGAAGGGUGGUGCAGUGGGUUUUCUCAAAGGGGCGGGGAAGGGCUCAAUCGGACUCUUUACCAAACCGGGAGCAGCCAUGUUUGGGUUGAUGGCGUAUCCAGCUCAAGGAAUCUACAAAUCUUUCAAGGGGAAUGGACCCAUGGAUCCAUUGAUGAAAUCGAAAUGCGCGUUAGUUGAUCACUAUGCAAAGACUUUUGGUGGCAACACGGAUACAAAGCGGAUCGCCGCUGUUUUUGAUGGUAUUUUGGCGAGUCAUAAAUAG